AUGUCCCAGGCCAUCACCUGCCUCCAGCAGCGGGGGGACAGCGGGGAGAGCCCCCCACCACCACCGCCGCCGCCACCGGCAUCCCCGCUCGUCUUCCCGCGCGAGACGCUCUUUCGGCAGACAAGCGAGGUCACCUACCGCAUCCCGGCUCUGCUCUACGUCCCCCCGGCCGCCACCUUCCUGGCCUUCGCCGAGAAGCGCUCCUCGGCCAGGGACGAGGACGCCAAGUACCUGGUGCUGCGGCGGGGCCGCCGGCACGGCUCCUCGGUCGAGUGGGGUCCGGUGGAGGAGCUGUCGGCGUUGGCGCUGCCCGGCCGCCGCACCAUGAACCCCUGUCCCCUCUACGAUGCGACGAGCGACACCGUCUUCCUCUUCUGCAUCUGCGUCGAGCGGGGAAAGACGGAGCGAUGCCAAAUCUGGAGGGGCUGCAGCGCCGCUCGCCUCUGCUACGCCACCAGCGCCGACGGCGGCCGCGGCUGGACCCCGCUACGGGACGUGACGGACGAAGCCGUCGGCGCCGACCUGUCCCGUUGGGCCACCUUCGCCGUGGGGCCGGGCCACGGCGUACAGCUGAAUUCGGGGCGCCUGGUCGUGCCAGCGUACACCUACUACAUGCACGGGUGCUUGUGCGGGGUUGUGCCGCUGCCUUGCUACACCCGGCAGCACGCCCUCGUCUUCUACAGCGACGAUGGCGGGCGCAGCUGGCACAAGGGUGCCCUGGUCGGCGGCGGGCAGACGGGCGAGUGCCAGGUUGCCGAAAUUGGUGGGAGCGAUGUCCGCCAGCCCUUACUCUACUGCAACGCCCGAGCGUUGCGGGGGUGCCGGGCCGUGGCGUUCAGCACCGACUGCGGGCUGCGGUUCGAACGCUCGGCGCGAUGCAAGGCGCUGGGCGAACCGCCGCGGGGAUGCCAAGGCAGCGUGGUGAGCUUCGCCGCGCCGACCGGCGCCGGGGAUGCACCGACUUGGUUACUUUACUCCCAUCCCACCGACCGGCACCGCCGGAGUGAUUUGGGCAUCUAUCUCAACCCCUCGCCACUGGACGGGGCGGGUUGGCAGCACCCAUGGGUGCUGCACCCGGGUCCGGCUGGUUAUUCCGACCUGGCCGUCUGCCCCGGCGGCAUUUUCGGCUGCUUGUUCGAGUGCGGCACCACCAGCGCCUGCGAGGAAAUCGCCUUCUGCCUCUUCGCCCUGGACACCUCCGACCGCGGCGAGCAGAACCUCGAAGCUUUUUAAAAUAGACCCAUUUUGGGGGUGGGGGGGGGGUGUCACUCCCGACCACCGGCAGCCGGAGCCGGCGAGCACCGCAAUGCCGGGACCUCACCGGGGGCGUUUCGGAUGCUCGGGAGGCUCAGCAUCACAUCGCUUUUAUUUAAUUAACGCUUGGCUUUUUAAUGGCC